CUGGGUUUGAAUUUCUAAAAAGUCUUUAAAAGAUGGAUAUGCACAUGGAGGUAAAUGGUUCAGGUGAUGUUGAACCGUAUGGAGGAAAAAGUGCUUUCAGCCAAAUGGAGCACAACAUCGUGGCUGGAUAUCUGAUAACUGCAGGUGUCAUCAGUUUGGCCAGUAACAUCGUGGUUCUGCUGAUGUUUAUGAAGUUCAGGGAGCUUCGCACCGCCACUAAUUUCAUCAUCAUCAACCUGGCCUUCACUGAUAUUGGAGUGGCUGGUAUCGGUUAUCCCAUGUCUGCCGCCUCAGACAUCCAUGGGAGCUGGAAGUUUGGUUACACUGGCUGCCAGAUUUAUGCGGCCCUCAACAUCUUUUUCGGCAUGGCCAGCAUAGGCCUGCUGACUGUGGUGGCUAUCGAUCGCUAUCUCACCAUCUGCAGACCAGACAUCGGUCAGAAAAUGACAGUUAGAUCUUACAACAUCCUCAUUCUGGCUGCCUGGCUGAACGCUGUGUUCUGGUCCUCCAUGCCCAUAGUAGGCUGGGCAGGAUAUGCCCCCGACCCCACUGGAGCAACUUGCACCAUCAACUGGAGAAAGAACGAUGCAUCCUUCAUCUCCUACACGAUGGCGGUGAUUGCAGUGAACUUUGUUGUUCCUCUGUCAGUCAUGUUUUACUGCUAUUACAAUGUCUCUGUAACUGUGAGGCGAUACAAAGCCAGCAACUGCCUGGACAGCAUCAACGUCGACUGGUCUGACCAGAUGGACGUUACCAAGAUGUCUAUCAUCAUGAUCAUCAUGUUUCUGGUUGCCUGGUCUCCUUACUCCAUGGUGUGUCUCUGGGCAUCGUUUGGUGAUCCAAAGACCAUUCCUGCCCCAAUGGCCAUUAUUGCUCCCCUCUUUGCAAAGUCCUCGACAUUCUACAACCCCUGUAUCUAUGUCAUUGCCAACAAAAAGUUCAGGAGAGCCAUUAUCGGGAUGAUCCGAUGCCAAACAAGGCAGCAAAUCACAAUCAAUACCCAGGUUCCAAUGACGAUCUCCCAGCAGCCUCUAACCCAGUGA